AUGUGGACUACUCCGGAGCUAGCUAUCAGAUAUUUCUGGCGUCAACCUCGACAAGCAAAUUCACUCAAACCCUGGUCGGAAAGAAGAGGCCACACGCGUCAUGUUGGCGAACUUGCGAUGCACCAAGCACGGAGAUGGCUCCAACAAGCUUCGCACUUUGACUGGAGUUUCUCUUCCAACAAAACAUGGUGCAUGAAGAAUAAGACAAGGGUCCCGGAUAGAAGGGGAGGAGAUAUAACAGAUACGUGGUUCAUUAUGGUACAUGCGGUCGAGAAGGGUGGCUCAAGGGUGGCUACGUCGAUGAUUUUCGUACCCGUACAAGGUCACGAGGCUGGGAAGACAAUGGCGAUUCCCGAUGGGCACACCCGUUCGUUAGGUAACUGCGAAGCUUUGCGUUCCGCGUUCCACAGAGUUCAUUUAUCGCUCCGUCUUGGCAUGCCGUACUUUAGACCCCGGGAGCUGUUCAAGUAG